AUGACGGUUUAUUUAUCAAUUGAUAUUUUAGAAGAGAUAUUGUUGCGUUUACCAGUGAAGUCACUAAUUGUAUUCAAAUGCGUAUCUAAACAAUGGCUAUCCUUGAUAUCUAAUCCCAGUUUCGCUCGCCGCCAUUCCCUUCAAAAGCUCGGACGUUCAGUUACAGGACUUUUUGUGCAAGAUCCGUCCUGGUUAGGGUUGUAUGGUAAUGCUUUUGUCUUUCUUGACGAAAGCAAAAGAAAUAAUGUCAUCAGCAAGAGUUUCAACCCCUACGCGAAAUCACUACCUUGCCCUAUCGAUUUUAGACGCCGAACUAUUCAAUCUUGCAACGGCCUUUUGUGCUGCAAGACCAGCCACAAUAACCCAACUUUCUACGUUUAUAAUCCAUCAACAAACCAUCACAAAAUCCUUCCUCGAUCCCCGUUUAAAAAGGAUGGUUUCAAAUCGUUUUGUAGUGUUAGCUUAGCUUUUGAUCCUGAUAAGUCACCUCAUUAUGAAGUUAUCUCCAUUUGGGCACAUAAAUGCCGCACUCUUGGAGUUGAAAUCUACUCUUCUAAAUCAGAGUCAUGGAAAGACUUGGGGAUGGUAAAUGGUUCUGGAAGAAUUUACAUUGUCGAAGAUACUGGUGUCUUUUUGAACGGUUCUUUGCAUUGGUUCAACAGAUAUGGCUCGUGUUAUCUUGAUGUUGGCGAAAAAUCACUGCAACUAAAGAAAAUGCCAGCACCCCCGGUAGCUAGAGAGGAUCAAGUAUAUGGCCAGACGACAUGGAUAGUUUAUUUUGGGGAGUGUAAUGGGCAUAUCCAUCUUAUGAAAGCUUAUAGGAAGUUCCCAACUAGUCUAUAUAUCAUGGAAUUGGAAAUGGAUUACACAAAAUGGAAAGUUAAAUACCACAUUAACAUAGAGCUUUUAACAAGUGCAUAUUAUAGUGAGAUGGUAUUUGACAUGCAUUAUCAGUCUAUUCAAGAUUUCUCGGUGUUGUUUGUUGAAGACCAUGACGACGAUGAGUCAAAGACAUCCAAAAUGGUGAUACAGAUAAGAGAGCAUAUCAUAUUUUACGAUCUGAAGGAUAUGACCUUUAAUGAAGUUAAAGAUAUACAAUUGACCAGACGACAUCCAUACAAACGGUUAGCUACUCCAUUCAUCGAGUCACUUGCUUGUGUUUGA